AGUUGCUGGGCAGCCACAGCUGCGGGGCGUGGUCUGUGCUGGGCUGCUCUACUGUUCUGGCUUAUCAGGGAAUCCCCAAACAAAGCAGGGCGACCAAGGCCGGGGCUGUUGGGGUGAAGGUCCGGGAGGCUGAGUAAGGGGGCGGAAGGGUUAGUUUUACUUAUUAAAUGUCUGGGAAGGGUUGAGAACUGGACACCUGAGUUCGGUUACUGACCAGCCCAGCCCCUUCUUGGCGUUCAGAUUCCUCACUUUGGGGUAGGGUGGCUAUGGGAUUAGUUGAGGACCUCCUGCUUCCUUGCGCUGGAACUGUUCGUGAUGACUGCCACAAAAUCUAGCUCAACUCACCAGGAAUCUGCAGUUCAGAGAGGUCCCACAAGCACAGGCCAUGGAAAGGAACGACACCAUCGACUUCAAGGCUCUGGAGAAAGAGCUGCAGGCUGCACUCACUGCUGAUGAGAAGUACAAACGGGAGAAUGCUGCCAAGUUACGCGCAGUGGAACAGAGGGUGGCUUCCUAUGAGGAGUUCAGGGGUAUUGUCCUUGCAUCCCAUCUGAAGCCACUGGAGCAGAAGGAUAAGAUGGGAGGAAAGAGAACUGUGCCCUGGAACUGUCACACUAUUCAGGGAAGGACUUUCCAGGAUGUGGCCACUGAAAUCUCCCCGGAGAAAACCCCCCUCCAGCCCGAGACCUCUGCUGACUUCUACCGUGAUUGGCGACAACGUUUACGGAGCGGGCCAGAGCGCUACCAGGCUCUGCUGCAGCUCGGGGGUCCAAAGCUGGGCCGCCUCUUCCAGGCAGAUGUGGGGUUUGGGCUUCUCGGGGAGCUGCUGGUGGCACUGGCUGAUCACAUGGGACCAGCUGAUCGGGCAGCAGUGCUGGGGAUCCUACGCAGCCUGGCGACCACCGGGCGCUUCACCCUGAACCUGAGCCUGCUGAGCCACGUGGAGAGAGAGAAAUGCAAGGGCUUGUUUCAGAAGCUGCAAACCAUGGGCACCCCCAGACCCAUGAAGGAGGGGCUCAGCUGGGAGGAGCAGGGUCCGGAGGAGCAUUCUGGUAGGCUUCAGGAGGAGGAGAGGCUCCUGCAGGAGCUGCUGGGGCUGUACCAGGUUAACUGAUGUGACCAGGUCCCCUCAGAGGUCCUGGUGGUCACGGGAGGCAGUUUUUUGGUUGUUGUCUUGGGGUCUGCAGGACCGUAGUAAGAAACCCACACUUAGUUCCUGUCUCAACUUGGAAUUUUCAAAGUAAAAACAGGAAUCAAUUUUCCCACUUC